UAACACUGGAGCCCUGGUAGAGAUACUGAUAAAGAUAACACUGGAGCCCUGGUAAAGAUACUGAUAAAGAUAACACUGGAGCCCUGGUAGAGAAGCAGAACUCAUAGGUAUCUGGUGAGGAACUACUGUCUCAAAAGGUUUUAAUUUCCCAGGUGAAGAUGAGCUCUUUAUUUCGAAGAAACACGACUAGGAAUGGAGCGGACGAGGAGAGUGAUGUGUCUACUGAUGAGGAACCACUCUUUCAAUCCAGCUCAAACGAGGGGAACAGAAUUAAUGUAAUAAGGAAUAUAAACACUUACGCUAGAACAAAGACUCUUGCUCAGGGCUUUCUUGACAUGGCUCUCUUCACUGCCAACGCCUCCCAGAUGAAACACCUGCUACAACAGGGCCCGGACACCCAGUUCUACUAUUUUCUCUUCGUCUUACUGUGUGUCUCAGUGGGUCUCCAGCUCAUUGUAGCAGCUCUGUUGAUCUAUAAAGCAUCAAAGAAUAUAGAAUAUGAUGAUCCUGAACGCAGACUUAGCGACAGCGUCCUCUGUUCUGGAGGCUUCAUUAUGAUGACAGUUUUAGCAGAGUCCACCUGCUGAAUAACAUUGUGACUGGGUUAAUCCUGGUGAUCACAGCUGUCAAUGUCUUCAUCACAGCUUUCUGGUUUUCUCCCCACCUGACCCAAGCUGACCAGCUGCUUGCUGCAGCCACAUCAACCCCUGCUCAACCAUGAUGGAAUUAUUUUUGCAUGCUGCUCACUUGAAAGAAAAAAUAAAUAAAUCUUCCAGUCAUUUCUGUAUUGUUAUUAAAGGCAAGUCGUGAUCGUUUCUCAAAGUGGAGACAAAUAA